UUCAUGUAUUAUUGAGAGGGGCGAAGAGAAAGGCCGUGCGUGGGUACGUGCGUGGAAAUGCGUGAAAGAGCGCGGAUUUGAAGUGGAAUUGGGAGUAAUCGAUCCCGGCUGCACGAGGAGGAUUUUUUUUUUUUUUUUUUUUUGCUGAUGGUUACAAAAGACGGCGCGAUGUCUUUCUCCCAGUUUGGAUACCCUUACAAUGCAACUUCACAGUUUUUCGUGUCGGCAAACCCCAGUACGACUUGCUGCGAUUCGAUUUCCAGGUCGGUGCCGCCGGACGGCUCCACCGGAGGAGCCCAGACCCCCGCAGCGGUAGCCGCCGCCGCCGCCGCGGCCGCCUCCUUCUGCUGCCCGCCGCCCUACGAGAACCGGCUGCUGGCCGGGAGCCGCACCGAGCUCAACGCGGCCGCCCUGGGCGUGUACGGGUCCCCGUACGCAGCGGCGGCUGCAGCUAGCCAGAACUACGCCAACUACUUCCCCUACGGAACAGACCCCUCCGCUGCAAUCUACUCGUCUCUGAAUCCACAGUACGACAUGAAGGAGAGUGCGGGCACGUUACAUUCGGGUAUCAGCCAGACGGCUGCGUACUAUCCCUACGAUCCAUCGCUGGGCCAGUAUCAAUAUGACAGAUACGGGACAGUGGACUUUAACAGCACGGCCAGGCGAAAAAAUGCCACCCGAGAGACCACCAGCACCUUAAAAACGUGGCUAUAUGAGCACCGCAAGAACCCGUACCCCACCAAGGGCGAAAAAAUCAUGUUGGCCAUCAUCACUAAGAUGACCCUCACCCAAGUCUCGACUUGGUUUGCCAAUGCUCGCCGGAGGCUCAAGAAGGAAAACAAGAUGACAUGGUCGCCCAAGAACAAGGCCACCGACGACAGGAAGGACAACAUCAGCAAGAGCGACCAUGACUGUCUCACCAAAGAUUCCAAUGAAAGUAAGGAAGAAAAAGAUUUGCAUCUGAGCGAUUUGGACGACAUGGAAGAGGACGGGUGUGACAAGCUGGAUGGCGAAUGUGAAAAGCUAGUCUCAGAGGAGGCAGCGGUGCUUCCCGCCUCGCCUCACAAGAGAGAAUGCACCUCGGAGCUUCACUUGAAUGUUUCCAACAGCUUCCACCACGCCUUCCCCUGCGCCAUCAAACCCCCCCUUCCUCCUCUUCCCGCAGACUUCGUGGAUCCCAUUGCAUCUAAGACCCCGUCCACCGUGGGAACCUUGACCCUCUCUCAUUUUGAGGCGUCGGACAAGCCUCGGAUUUGGUCCCUUGCGCGUACGGCGGCCUCAGGCGUCAUUUUGAGCUCGCAGCACGCCUCCGAGCUCAGGACGAGCAACCCGAGCGGGGAAUGCCAGCUCCAGCGCAUGGCGGGUGCCCCUGUUGGACAAUGCGGGACCAUGAGAGGCCUCCAGGAAGUUAAUAGUGUCUCUGGUGUUGUGAACCCUUUUUCCGAGGGCCCUUCUUUGCACUCCAAAGUCUACAGUCCAGGCAGCUACAAUCACAAGGGCCUCCAGCUGCACUGUCCACCCUAUGCAGCCCUUACAGACACAUGCCAAUACUCCACUACUGAAGGAUUCACCGGCGCCAAAGCAGCAGAGGUGUCAUCAGACCUCAGCCAAGUGUGUGCGACCUUGCAGGAUGACAAAGUCACAGCGUUCAGGCCCGUGAUGAAAAGGUGA